AUGCCUCCAAAGAAGAAAUUGUCGGGUGCUCAAUUCAAGCAGAUUCGCGAAGAGAAAAAGGCUGCAGCAGUAAAAAAUAGUGGUAAUAUCCAGCAAUUCUUCACGAGGAAAUUACCAUCAACGCAGACUGCACAAUCGCAAUCAGAAGACGAAAAUGAUGAAUUGAAUAGAGAACAAAACAUGGAAGUGCAAUGCAACGAUACGCUUUCUGAGACGGAUUCCUCAAAUCAGCACAGAGUGGGACAGGAAGAAGAUUCGAUUGAAAUCAAUUUCAAUAAUCCCAAAACAUGGAAAAUUGAUAAAAAUUCCAUCAAAUUAUAUAUCGAACAGGGUCCUAUAAAUGGUGACGAUAUUUCCGUGUACCCAGUUACAAAUAAUAGACGUUUUGAGAAAAAAUGGUUUACUCGAAUUAUGACAAAUGGUGAGAAAGUACACAGGAACUGGUUGAUCUACUGUGAACAGCUUGACUCUCUGUUUUGUUUUCCGUGUAUCCUCUUCAACGAUGACAGGAGCAGCAUUUGGUUGAACGGCUUCAACGACUGGCAACAUUGGAUUGAGAAUCCCUAUUUACCGAGACACGAAAACUCGACGUCUCAUAGAUACAAUUAUAUAAAAAUUAAAACAUUUGAGAAGAAGUUGAAAUGUGGCGGUUUCAUCGAUGACCAUCUUCUCAAAGAAUUUGAUAAGGAAAGAGCAAAGUGGCGACAUAUUUUAAAAGUGAUACUCGAUGCAAUUUUUCACUGCGUCAAAAACAACGACGCCCUUAGAGGUAGCAGUGAAGUAAUUGGGCGACCAGACUGUGGUCGAUUUGAACACUAUUGA